GUUCAUUGUAAGGACAUUUAAUAUCUCUUUUCCUUUCCUUUCAAACAGCAAUUAAAGUGCCAAUCAUUGUGGAAGAAGCAGAGCAGCAGGUACUACCCACAAUUCCUACUGAAACCUCCCUGUAUGGAGAGGCUGGGAGAGGGGUGGUUCUUCCUGGCUGAGAACCUGUGUUUGGAGGCUGUGAGGAUCCAUAUUCUUCCUUCUGGUUCCUCCCUGGAUCCCAGGCCCCGCCUCCUCUACCCACAGGUCCGCCAGCUGCCCCGGAGUGGGACGGGGAGAUGAUGAGUACCUGGUCCAGCAGGACCUGCUGAGUCUUUACAGCUGGAAACCUACAUUCCCAGCCAGCCCAGGACAGGACGCUGGCUUCCUGCUUCCUGUGCGCUUCACCGGGCCCGACGGCAGGACUGAGCGGACUCACCUAACACAUGUUGGAGGACUUGACAAAUACUUAAAACUUCAGCAUCUGACCGGGUAGCAAGUAGUUUCAUGUGUGGGAACUGUUCUUCCUUGAAAACUGGGGAAAGAUGGGUUCCUAUAUAGUAUUUAUUAGUGUUUCCCUUCCACUCUAUCUUCUGCUCUUACCAGCAGUUGGUCAAAUGUUGAAACUACUGUAUUUAUCAAGUCUUUUAAAUUUUAUUUCAUAUAUUAUCAUAAUUUUACCUAAUUCGGGAGAAUUCCAGUCUAUAUUAUAGUGUCAAUUUGCUCUUGAGUUGUCCCCAGUAUUCCUGGUGCUGGUGUAAAAAGUCAUUGAGUAUAUUUUCAUUUUCAGGAUCUGUUGUUUCUUGUUUGAUAUCUUGUUCUUUUUCAUAAAUGCUCAUUCUUACUUUAGAACUAUUAUCUCCUCUCUCAUAACUCCGGAGAUAGGCUAUGAAAAUCACAUUCUGAUGAUAAUAAAAGUGAUUCUCUGAGACAGAAGUUAUGUGCUUCCCCUGCUCCCUUCACUGUGUUGGGCCCAUCAGAUCAUGGAGGAGUCAGCUCCUCUCUCACCCUCAUUACAGCCGAGUCCCUCCUCUCAUGGCAGCUGCACUGUGUGUAUGAUGAGGUGUGUGUGUAUGAUGAGGUGUGUGUGGGGGGGGGUGUUCUGCCCACUGCACUUCUCAGGGUGCUGGGGAUGACUAGGACAACUUCUGGGCUGUGUACCUGUUGCUGAACUUCUCACUGUGGGGGUAUCGGUAACCUCAGGCAGCAGGAGAAGUUUUCUGUUUCUCCCACUCAAUAACUAAAACUCAUGCCUCGUGCUGAGAAUAAACCCUUUGGCUGCUAUCUGGUCAAGUGCCAUAAAAUAAACAGAAGUCGAUUUACAGACAGGACGGGUGGGGUCCAUCGAAGAGACAGCGGUUUCUCAGUCUACAAACACGUCUCGCUCAGUCUCCACCUUGUUCUCACCUGGAACAGCUUUAGCGAAGCUCCCCUCCCCAAUGGGUGGCUGUGCGUGUUCAUUUAGGUUGUGUUUUUCCUCUUCACACAUAUCCAAUUUAAAUGUGUCUAUUGGGAAAUAAUUCUAAAUGCACAGGAAGUUACAAAAAUAACCCAGAUUUCUUCACUUGGUUUCCUCCAAUGGUUCCAUUACUCAUCCAUUACAAUAUCAAAAGGAAGGAGUUGACAUGAAUAGUUCUCUCUCUUUUUAUCUUAUGUUCAGAUUCAUGUGGCCACCAACACAGUCCACAGACUGAUCUAGUCCACCACCAUGAAGAUGUCCCUCAUGCUAUCUCUUUACAAUCACACCCACCUCUCAUCUUAACACUAUUCUUCAACCUGGCGACCAAUGAUUUCUUCUCUAUCUCCAACAUAUUGUCAUUUUCAGAAUGUUCCAUGUGACAAUGCCUGGUUUCAUUUCAAUAAUGUGGUUUCAUUUUAGAAGUUAGAGCUUCAGCCCUUACACCAAAGGGUCAUGAUUUGAUUCCUGGUCAAGGGAAGGUACCAUGGCCUCCUCAGGGCUUGUGGCGGAGGCAACUAAUCAAUGUGUCUCUCUCACAUUGAUGUUUCUUUCUCUCUCCUCUCUCUCUUCCCCUCCCACUCCCUUCCACUCUAAAAAUCAAUGGAAAAAUAAUCUUGGGUGGGGAUUAACAAUUUUUAAAAAAUGAAAGUGCUUGCGACAUCAAACCUGUGGGUUACGAGAAGGGAAGGAAGAAAUGGGCUGGAACAAAGGUGCCACCAACCACAUCAAGCUUUCCUUCCUCCUGUGGUUUUAAACUGAGAAAGGAUCCUUGAAUCUAGCAGCAGGCUCAGUAUGAUCCCUGGAUUCCUUUCUCUCCUCUUAUUUGGGCUGUGUGUUGGCCAAAGAGACAUAAGAAGAGCUGAGUCAUUUCCCAGACCCUCCAUCCAUGCCUGGCCCAGCUCAAUGGUUCCUGCCAAUAGUAAUGUGACAGUGCGAUGCUCCACCACUACCCGGGAGGUCAACUUCAGGGACAUCAAGUUUGCUCUCAAAGGGGGAAGAAAUGUCAUGGAGUCUUCGCCAUCUUCUGAUUCCCCAGAGGGCCUGGUGGAAUUUUACCUCAGUGGUGUAAAAACCAGUGACGCUGGAGAGUACACCUGUGAAUACAGGACAGGGCGCCCCACCAGAAGGUCACCGCCCAGUGACGUCCUUCUACUACUGGUGACAGGGAAUUUCCCUAAACCUUCCCUUAAAGUCCAUCAAAGGGGUGAGGUGACUGCAGGAGAAAACGUGAUUCUGCAGUGCCAGAAGCCCAGGCAUGUGAUACAACCUCACAUGUUUGCUCUACUGAAGAAGGGAACCUCAACACCCAUAAAGCUCCAGAGGGCAGUAGGAAUGGAGACAGACUUCUCCCUGCCAAGUGUGACCGUCAGUGACACUGGGGCCUACAGCUGUGUGUACUACCAACCGAGGGCUCCUUUCUACGCCUCAGAGCCCAGUGAUCACCUCAUGAUCUUGGUGACAGAUUCCCCAGGUGCCACAUCAACAGAUUACACCAUGGGUAACCUCAUCCGACUUUGUCUGUCAGCCGUGAUUAUGGUUCUAAUGGUGGCUUUCCUGGUGGAAGCCUGCUGGAGCCAGAAAUGGUCUCAGUGUGGAUCCAGCAAUGAAGACCCAAUUAUUGUGGAAGAAUUAAAGCAGGUCCCACAACUGCCUGUGGAAACAAUGGGUACUUGAUCCGGCUUGAUCUGCUGAGUCUUAACAGCUCUGUGAAACCUACAUUCUCAGCCAGCCCAGGACAAGAUGAUGACUUUCUCCUUCCUGUGCUCUUCACCUGGGCCAGAUGGCAGGACUGACCACAAAGACUCACCUAACACAUUUUGGAUGACUUUGAAAAAAUACUUAAAGUUCAGCAUUGGACAGAGUAGUAGGUACAGUCCCAUGAGCAGGAAGUGUUCUUCCAUCGGAAACUGGGGGAGCCAGCCAGUGUGGCUCAGUGGUUGAGCAUUGACCAAUGAACCAGGAGGUUGUGGUUCGAUUCCCAGUCAGCGCAUGUGCCGAAGUUGUGGGCUCCCAUCCCCAGUGUGAGGCAUGCAGAGGGCAACCAAUCA